AUGGGGCCACUCCUGCAAAGUCCUAAUGAGUCAUGUGAAAGUAGCGUAGAGGAAUACGUCGAUGGUAUCUAACUCAGUUACAAUGAAUAGGAACUUUUAAAGCAAUACGAUGGAUGCAUCCUCGGCUUGGAAAACUUCCUGGGUGCUCGUGACCAUUGACGGUCAUAUGGCUGUACGCUAUCGUGGACGACGGUGGUGGAUUCACUUCGAUACCUCAGGUCGUCCUUCAUGCUUCCUUCUUUGCCGCAUUAGGCUUGACCUCUGUAGCAGCAGGCAGCUCCAUGGCCUUUUUCCAAAUCGCAUCGCGUCCUUGCGGCUGUCGCUGGACCGGGAGCGUUGGCACGCUCUUGACUUCAUCGUCCUCGAGGAACUUGAGGUAUUCAUCCAGGUACCCAAACCGAUGGGCGUAUAUGCCAACUAGUGUGAACACUUGGGACAAGAACAGCACUUGGUACCGCUUCGCCCACAUAAACUCGCCGAGCCGCAUGACUAUGAAAGUGUUGUUCGAGAGAAUGGUGGUGAACAUAACGACAGUUUUCCG